ACAUUACUUGGGUAUUUGGAGGAGACGAACUGAAAAUUUUACAAAGUAUAAACAAAUAGUUCUUUUUUGUUUGUUUCAUUAUUGAAUAUAUUAUUAAUAAAUGCAUAAUUAUAAUAUUUAAACUAAUUAUUAUUCAAAUUAUUACAGGUUGAAAACCUUAAUUGUUGUAUUGAAAAUAACAUGGGUCGUUCAAUUAAGCUUCUAUUUAUAGCUUGUACUUUUUUAAGUAUCGGUCAACGAUUUUCUUCCGGAGCCGAAUGGAAAAAAGUUCAACAGGAUAAUAGAAAAAAUUAUCAAAUUCGUCUUUCAACAGAUGAAAUCGUCUAUUACGUAACAGGUGGAAUAAUGAUCAUUUGUUUCGUUCUCCUAAUAUUCAAGUAUGCAGCUACUCAUCCUCAAAAUUUCGACAAUGAGAUGUUUCCAAAUUGUUCAAUUUACGUUGUUAGUACGGGAAUUAACGGAGGAACGAGAGUGAAAAGGAUGAGGAAUUUAGCCGAAUUGAACUAUUAG